UAUUUUUCACCUUCACCUCUUUCUUUUUCUUUUCUUCAUACAAAUUUCCUCAUUGGCACUACAGAGGAAUGGAAGGACAUUCCAGAUAUAAACAAAGGUUUAAAUCUCAGAGAAGGAGACAUCAUGAUGCAUAAUCAAAGGAGCGCCAUUCUUGGGAAUCAGUACCGGUGGAAUAUUCCUGUCCCCUUUGAGCUGAGUGUGAAUCUCAGUAUGAACUAUAAAGGAGUCAUUUUGAGAGCCCUUGAGCAGUUCAGACUGAAAUCAUGUAUUGAUUUUAAGUCAAGAACAGAAGAAGACAUUUCUUAUAUCUCCGUAGAGAGUCGUGAAGGGUGUUGGUCAUAUGUCGGUCACAUAGUUGCAGGAGCUCAGACUCUUUCCAUUGGAAAUGGUUGUGGAGUAAAAGGCAUUGUUGAACAUGAGUUUCUCCAUGCACUGGGAUUUUGGCAUGAGCAGUCAAGAUAUGACAGAGAUGAUUAUGUGACCAUCAACUUCAAAAACAUCAUUACAGGGUAUGCAAACAAUUUCGAUAAAUACAGUGAGAACCUGACCACCACCCAGGACACACCAUAUGACUACUACUCUGUGAUGCAUUAUGAUAAAAAUGCCUUCAGCAACGGUAAUGGAUCUACAAUCAUUACUAAGCGAUCUGAGUUCCAAGAUGUGAUUGGUCAGCGCCUGGACAUGAGUGAAUAUGACACGAUUGAGCUCAACAAACUCUAUAAAUGCAAUUCUUCCAUUUCUUUCCUUGAUCACUGUAGUUUUGAUGAUGAAUCUCUGUGUCAGAUGAGUGUCUGUUCUGCUGCUGAUUAUGGCUGGCAGAGAGUGGAGUCAGUGAGUGGCAUCAGUGUGACUGACCACACAUAUUUGGGCAAAGAACAAAAUGGGACGUCAUUCUUCAUGCACUUCAGUACUAAGGGUAGAAAUGAGGGGGAUGCAGCCAGAAUGGAGAGCAUGACAAUGACCCCUAAAAGAGACUGCAAAGUCCAGUGCCUGCAGUUCUAUUACUAUCACAGUGGUAAUGAGUCUGACCAGCUCAACAUCUGGAUCAGAGAAUACCAGAACGAAGCAGACAACAGAGGAACUCUCAGACUUAUGGAUCAGAUCAUAGAACCCCCUGGCAAUUACUGGAAGCUGCAUCAUGUGCCACUGAAUGCAAAUAAAACCUUCCAAGUUGUAUUUGAAGCCCGUAAAGGAGCUGGGAACUCCAGCGGAGGGUUUUCACUGGAUGAUAUCAAUAUUUCAGAGACUGAGUGUCCCCACACAUGGCAGAUAAGAGACUUUGAGAAGGUUUUGAACAACAGUGUGUCUGGCACUAGGAUGUACAGUCCAUUGUUUUACUCCAGUGAGGGUUACCGCUUUCAGGCUCUCUUAAUAUUUUAUCAGAAUUACCUUUCAGUAUAUGUUGGUCUGGUAUCUGGUGCAUAUGAUGACCAGUUGCAGUGGCCUUGUCAAUGGAGACAAAUAACUUUCCAGAUACUUGACCAGAAUCCACACAUACAGAAGCGCAUGUCCUCUGAGAAAAGCUACACAACUGACCCUACUUUGGUUUCUUCCUAUGGCAGAAAUUACUGGGACAAUCCUCGAAAUAAUGGAACUCGAGUUGUCAUUGGCAAUGAGACCGUAUAUGUGGGUAUGUUUUGGGGCUAUCAAUAUGCCAUAAUGAAAGAAGAUCUCACUAAAAGAGAGUUUAUCAAGGGUGAUGACAUCAUAUUUCUCUUCAGCAUGCAAGAUAUCUCAGGGCUGUAUCAAUCUGACUUUCUACCCUGCCCAAAAGUGACAAUAAAGGAUUUCAACGUUUCUUCUCAUUCAACUGCCCAGCAGGGAUCAUGUGCUACAAGAGCUCUUCCCACACCUCAAACAAUCUCAACAACUUCUACACCACAACCCACUGAGGGUGAAUGCCUAGACAUAUUUUGCAGUUCCAGUGCCAAGACUGUUUCCUCUCUGAUCCUCGUGGUGGUGUGCUUCCUUUUCUGGUGAAUCAAACAUGAGAAAUCACUAUUAACCACCACCCAGUGUCUGACUACACAAGAAUUCAAUGUCAGAGCAAUACAUCAAUCUUCAACCUUCUAUUAUAUAAUACAAUUAGCUUGAUACCAUUAGCUUAAUACCAUGUGCAUUUUUUUUUCUUACCAUGUGCAUUUUAAUUAAACUAACAUAUCUAUCUAUAUUCACAUAUCUGCAAUCAACAUGUUAAUCUUAGCUCUGAAUACAAUACUUACCAAUGUAAAUCUCUUUAAUGAUGUUUGACUGUCUUUAAAGGAUCAAUUAAAAAGUUUCAAUAGGU